UGACAUCUAAUAUUACAAGACAAAUUUAAUUUCUUACAUGCACAUUUCAUUAGUACUACAAUUUGUAUUAGGGCAUUUGCAUUUAACUGAAUUUACUUUACUUUGUAAUCUAACUGCUUCUGUAACAGUUACUACCUUGUUUGGAAUAUUUGUUAAUUCAGCCAUUGAAGUUAAUUCAGUUGAUUCCAAACAAUUUCCAUUAUAGUU